AUGCGUUUCUUUCUGCAUAUAUUUCUUCUUUUCCCGAUGACAAAUUCAUAUGGUUGGUGGAAAAGCCCUGAGGAUGGACCUACAUGCAAAAGUGGUACAUGUGGAGAAUCGGAUGCAACAUGUGAAUGUUCUUUUACCAUAGAACACGGGUUGACAAUGAUGACCUCGUAUCCCGAUCCAUUCUUGGUAUGGCCAAAACAAGGGUCUCUAUACCGUUAUGAUGACAAAAGGGGUUUAAAUCCAUUAUCUGAGAACAUUACACAAAACGUUAUCACAGCUGAUGGAUAUGGUUCACGUCUUGUUAUUCUUAUUAAUGGGAAAUUCCCGGGUCCUUUACUGGAAGCAUAUGAAAAUCAGAAGAUGAUUAUCCAUGUCCGUAACUUAAUGCACACAGAUUCAAUGACAAUUCACUGGCAUGGGCUACAUCAGCGAGAAACAGCACAUAACGACGGUGUGGGGUUCGUUACACAGUGUCCUAUACCACCAGGACAACGCUUCACGUAUACGUUUAAAGCCUACCCACAUGGUUCCUUCUUCUAUCAUGCUCAUCUUGGAGAUCAAAGAAGUAUGGGUCUUUAUGGCGGCUUUGUUAUUUACCAACAAGAAACUUUGUCUCAGCCACAAAGAGGUUUUUCCCUUCUUUUGCAAGACUGGAACCAUAGUGAUGAUCCGGAAGCAAUAUAUCAACGAAUGUUAAAAGGAGUUUACGACCUCACAAGUCGUACAAAGAUAGACACCACACAAGCAGUCGAUAGUGCAAAUUUUAGUCGAUUUCAUUUUCAUUCUGGAAUUUUCAAUGGAAAGGGUCGGUUUUACAGCACAUUAACAUUAAAUAAUGGAGCCCCUUUGGAAACAUUUCAGGUGGAACCAAAUGAACUUUAUCGCUUUCGAAUAAUUAGCGCUGCCACAUUAUACCCUUUUCGAGUUUUCGUUGAAGGACAUCCAGAAAUGAAUAUAAUAGCUUCAGAUGGAUAUGAAAUCCAACGAGGGUACGGUAAAAAUUCAAGUGAUUUAUUAGUAGAAUCGUUCAUAAUCCAUCCAGGAGAACGAUUUGACUUUAUCUUGAAAACAGAUAAAACUCCAAAAGCCUACUUGUUAGUAGCAGAAAGUAUUGAAGUUAUUCCUUCAUACCUAAAUCAGUAUCGUGCAGCUGAGGCCAUCAUUCAAUAUAAAAAAUCACCCUCAGUAUAUCCAUCUAAAGCUACCCCCAAUCCUUGUUCAAAGGAAAAACCAUGUGUAACAUUUAAUUGUCCUUAUCUUUAUUAUUCUUCUGAAACCAACAGAAAAUGUCUCACGUAUGAUGAUGCCUUUGGCAAUGAAACAACGUCACAAUUUGAUGAAGUUCAAAAUGUAGAUGAAACAUUGUUCUUCAAUUUUGCAUUUCCGGGAGAGUCUGGCAAUACACCUGGUUCCGUAAAUGGACAUCAGUUUGAGGUUCCCGAAUUUCCUCUUCUUUCAGAUCAGAGGAUAUCAUCGGACUGCGAUCUUUCAAUUUGCACUGAUGAUUCUAUAUGCACAUGUACAUAUACUGUGGAACUUGUCCAACAUAACAUUUACCAGUUUGUUCUUACAAAUAUUGGAAAAGGGCAAGGUUGGUCCCAUCCAGUUCAUCUCCAUGGACAUUACUUUUAUGUGUUAAAAAUGGGAUUUGGUACAUACAAUAACAUCACGGGAAAGUUCAUUACACAAACAGAUGAUAUUGCAUGUUUCGGUACUAGAAACUAUUGCAAUUCAGCCAAAUGGAAAAACGAUUCUUGGAACAAAAAUGCAUCUUCUAUAACAAAUUUAAAAACGAGAUAUCCACCAAAGAAGGACACGAUUAUCGUCCCAACAGGUGGAUAUGUUGUGAUUCGAUUUAAAGCCGAUAACCCCGGUGCUUGGUUUUUUCAUUGCCAUAUUGAUCUUCACAAUACAAAUGGAAUGGCAAUGGUUCUUAUGGAAGCAAAAAAAAAUUUCCCGCCGGAGCCUGACAAUUUCCAGUCAUGUUGGCAUGUACAGGGCAGUACAUCUAACACUAAUGAUAAAGGUAUCGAUGGUUGGAUGAUAGUAGCCAUAAUUGCGAUUGUUGCCGUUUUAAUACUAGUUCCUAUCGUGAUUUACCUAGUAAAACCUAGAUUUAAGAAUCCAUAUGAGCAAAUCGACUAAAAUGCAUUCAAAACAAACUUUCUCCAAAGCUUAUCAGUUAUGUAUGCGAAUGCCUUACUAGUAUUUUUUCACGAGACGUAUAUUCCAUACAUUUAAAGACACUGUUUGAUCGAUUUUGAAGAAGAUUUCACUUAAAUAGAUGCUUGUAAUAAUUUCCAUUUUUCACUUGUCUUCAAUGGUUUUCAA